CCUGGCGGCGGGGCGCGGGGUACGCCGGGAAGUCUGGCGGGCGGGAGGCGGCGGGAAGCAGCCGGUGGGCCGCGGCACCGGCAGCGGCAGCGGGAGGCAGCAGGAUGGUGAAGCUGACGGCGGAGCUGAUCGAGCAGGCGGCUCAGUACACCAACGCCGUGCGGGACCGCGAGCUGGAUCUCCGGGGGUAUAAAAUUCCUGUCAUUGAAAAUCUGGGUGCUACCUUAGACCAGUUUGAUGCUAUUGAUUUUUCUGACAAUGAAAUCAGGAAACUGGAUGGUUUUCCUUUGUUGAGAAGGCUGAAAACAUUAUUAGUGAACAACAAUAGAAUAUGCCGUAUAGGUGAGGGACUUGAUCAGGCUCUACCCUGUCUGACAGAACUCAUUCUCACCAACAAUAGUCUUGUGGAACUGGGUGACCUAGACCCUUUGGCAUCUCUCAAAUCACUGACUUACCUAAGUAUUCUGAGAAAUCCUGUAACAAACAAGAAGCAUUAUAGACUGUAUGUAAUUUAUAAAGUUCCGCAAGUCAGAGUACUGGAUUUCCAGAAAGUGAAACUAAAAGAGCGUCAGGAAGCAGAGAAAAUGUUCAAGGGCAAACGGGGUGCACAACUUGCAAAGGAUAUUGCCAGGAGAAGCAAAACUUUCAAUCCAGGUGCUGGUUUGCCAACUGACAAAAAGAAAGGUGGGCCAUCUCCAGGGGAUGUAGAAGCAAUCAAGAAUGCUAUAGCAAAUGCGUCAACCCUGGCUGAGGUGGAGCGGCUGAAGGGCUUGCUACAGUCCGGUCAGAUACCUGGCAGAGAACGCAGAUCAGGCCCCACUGAUGAUGGUGAAGAGGAGAUGGAAGAAGACACAGUCACAAAUGGGUCCUGAGCAGUGUGGCCCAAGUAUCUGCAGGAUGCGUAAUAUGCCUACUUGGGACAAGUCCUGUUUUUUUGAACUUGGAAUAAUAACCUUGUUUGAGUCAGCAAAGUGGAGCUUAUAGGCAUUGUUGAAAUGCUUAAGACUGCUGCCCGUAAUUUUGUAAUACUAUAAAUUUUGAAAUCUAAAUGCCAGUUUUCUACAAAUAGUAAAAAUGUGACAUUCACUGUGCUGCCAAGCUGUCUGUCAUCGGGCGGGGGUGGGUGGGUGUGCAGUGCUGUGAGGUAUGGACAUGUGGAGGUUGGAAAUGACAGAAGUCAAUGUUUCUAGAUAGGCUUCCCAGGCCUCUCUAAAAUGUUUAGAUUUUUAAGUUCUUAAUAAAACUCAAGAUAAUUUGCUGCCCGUGGUUAUCAGUAA